GGUUGAAUAAGCACGAAGACUGAUCGCUUAAAAAGUUACGUAAAUUUAAAACUUAAAACGCGUGUCUGUUUAACGAAUGUAAUAAUUUGUAGUGGUUUUCGUUUAAGUGAAACUGGUGGAAUACCAAAGUUCGCAUUGGCUGUAUAUUAGGAGCUCUGCUGUGACUUCAUAUAGUGACGUUCCUCCUAUUCGACACCAUGACCGUAUCAUUGAUUCUGACGGUGACUUCUCUACUUCUGUUAUUUCUGCGGUCCUCCGUGCUUGGAUAUUCGAACGGUGCACCACCACAGGCCUGCGUCGAUAUGGUCCCUCUCCACGGAGUUGCUCAAAGCACUGCCAACUUCCCUUACAGCAUUGAAGUAUCAAGUGAGACGUACUGCAAUAAUAGCAUUAUACUUGUGACAAUAAACGGGAAUGGGAAAACAUUCAAAGGCUUUUUCUGCCAGGCUCGAACACAGAUCAGUAUAGCUAAAACAAACGGGACACUGAUAGGUGCCGACAGUAAUAAGACUGCCAAAAGUCAGUGCAGUGGAGAGGUAGCAGCUUUGACACACAAUAGCAGUAAUGAAGUGUCGUCUACACGGUUCACAUGGCAGCCAGAACCAUCCCUUACAAGUGAUAUUUAUUUUGUGUGCACAGUGGUUCAAAGAAGAGUCGAUUUUUGGGUUAAGCAGGCGUCUAGGAAAUUAACGUACGACCCUAACAACUGUCCUCCAGCUGGAUUGCCGACAUUUUGUGGAAACGAUCAGGUUUGUAACACAGCUGUGAUGUUUUCAAUUUGCGAUAGAAAUGCCGACGACGACGGUAACUGUGUUUGUCCUUCUGACAGGAAAUUAAUCAGCCCGAUAGAUACUUCAUGUUCACCGAAAGUUUUAGGUGAUAACUGUGAAGUUCCAUCGGAUUGUAGAUAUGUACCUGGCAAUGUCACCUGUACACUGGGGAGUAAAUGCGCAUGCGCACAGGGCUUCGUUGCAAAACCAAACCAAAAUGAAUGUAUUCCUGAAACAGUAUCUGACGUUACCUGUGAUAGUAAUAGCGAUUGUAUCCGGUACCAGUAUGCCAGUUGUGAUACUCAAAUGAGGAAAUGUCAGUGUACAGGAAAUGUGAAAGAAGUAAAUGGGAAGUGUGAAUUAAAGGGUCUGGGUGAUGAAUGUAAGGAGGAGAGUGAUUGCUCAGGAGUAACAAAUACAGUCUGUGAUGUAACAUGUAAAUGCCGGUCUUCAUAUAUUCAACAAAUCAAUCAAUGUGUUAUAGAUCCUACCAGCUGUUUCGCAGAUCCAUGCAAAGAUGUUCCAAAUUCGUUCUGUGAGGCGGGAAACUGUAUUUGUCAAUCAGCAUUUAAGAAAGAAAAUGGCCUGUGCAUACCUAAAGGUCUUGACGACGCAUGUGAAGACAUCUCCGAUUGUUCAAAUGUAGAGAACGCUAGAUGUGAAACAACGUGUAAAUGCAGACCAUUAUAUAUCAGACAGAAUGAUCAAUGUAUUCCAGAGUCUACUGUAUGUAGGUCCGAUACUUGCAAAGAUGUUCCCUAUUCUGAAUGUGUCUCCGGAAAUUGUGUCUGUUUAUCAGCUUACAAGAAAGAGAACAGCCAGUGUAUACCAAAAGGCCUGUCGGAUUCAUGCUCACAAGAUCAAGACUGUGGUGGUUCUCCAAGUUUAGUAUGUGAUUCCGGUAACAACCGAUGUGCCUGUUCGAAUGCCUACAAGCAAGAUAAAGACAAAUGCAUUAUGAAAGGCAUUUCGGACUCGUGCACAGUCAACGAAGAUUGUAGAGGUGUUCAGAAUUCAGUCUGCACAAACAAUAGAUGUGCCUGUUCGGGCGCGUAUAAACAAGUGAAUGGCGCGUGCCUUAUGAGGGCGCUUGGAGAAACGUGUGUUGAUGAGGGAAGUUGCGGUGUUCCGAUGUCGGUUUGUGACAAGAACAACCAGUGCAAGUGUGCGCCUGGCUACAUGGAACAAAACAGUGCAUGUGUACUAGAAGUAUACGAUAUUGUAUGUGUUAAUGACGCCGACUGCUCUUCCGUUUUCAUGUCUAUAUGUGACACUUUGAAUACUAAGAAAUGUAUUUGUCCAGCUGGCUACAUAAGAAACGAUACCCGUUGUGUACGAAGAGUAUUAGGAGAUGACUGUACCCUGGAUGAAGACUGCAAAGGAGUUCCGAUGGCGAUAUGUGACGAAUCGACAAGAUGUGCUUGUCCCCGGUGGUAUAAACAACUUUCUGCAACACAGUGUGAAGUUAAAGUGCUUGACGAUAACUGCAAGUAUAAUGAAGAUUGUAGAGGUGUUUCGAAUGCUCUCUGUGAUAAAAUCCAAACACAAACUUGUAAGUGUAUGACAGCGUACAAAGAACUAAGCAACCAGACACACAAAUACUGUGCUGUAAGAGAAAUCGGCGAUACUUGCACAAACAAGGCUGAAUGUGCUGGGAUAUUAGAUUCGAACUGCGAUGAAGGCAGUACAGGCAAAUGUGUUUGUCCACCAGGUUUAAAAGUUGUGAAUUAUGGCUGUGUGCCAAAAGUUCUUGGAAAAGAUUGCAAUGCGUUCGUUGACUGCAAGGGAGUGGCUUUUGCAAUUUGCAGCAUAAACAAAAAAUGCACUUGUUCGUAUGGUUACAAUGAAAACUUGAUGCGAGAUACAUGCGACGGCAGUGGUCUUAUCGCAGGGGUAUCGUCGAAUUUGGUUAUAUCAAGUGUCACUUUUCUUGCCUGUUUUGGACUCCAAAGAUUUUUAUGUUGAUGAAAGCAUUUGUGGAACACCUGUUUGUGAAACAUAUUCAAGAAGAAAGAAAUUUAAAGGCACAAGAAAUCCACUAAAAACUGUAUAAUGAUGCUAAUAGCUCCUACAAAUUAUAUUUAAAUCUUUAUGCUUGUUUGCUUUUAACCUUGAAUAUAUACGUAUUAUAUAUGUCAGACAUGAUAUUGGUAAUAACUGUUUGCUCAAAAUAAUGUUUGAGGACAAAUUCAGUAAAAUAUAUUUUAAAAUAAGACCAGUGGAAAAUUACUAUGGAUCAAUACUGAUAGAGAAACUGUCUCCUAGAAAAUAUUUCAUUGAUUGGCUAAACUUGUUCAAAAUUAACCGCCUUAACGGAUUUCCAUUUAUUCCUCCCCUCUGUUGACUAUAAUUUUGUUGCUGGAGACAACAAAUUUCAAUGAUUGUGGUCUUAUUUCAUGUCGACACGACAACAACUCAACAUUGCGUAAUAAGGCAAGGAUUUUAGUCUGUUCUUCAUUACAAGUCAUGUAUGUGUCUGUUUUCCGUCUUUGUGACCUUUCUGUGAUUCUUUUUACACGAUGCAGCUCCUAGAUCAGUUAUUUCCUAGUCAUUUGUACUAAGUCCACGAUAAGUUAUGAGUCUGCAGCUUAUUUCUUACUUACAUACGUUUUUAAUCUGAUCAUGUGACUUGUCAUCAAACUAGCAUUUUUGUUGAUUUCUAGUACCAAAAAAAAACAACUUUUGUCAUUUAGCUAUAGUGUCCAUGUUUUGUAGCAAAUGCAUGCCAAAAUAAUUCUGGACGCUGUCACAUAGUAUCGGUCUUAUUUCAAGUAUGCAUGUAAUAAGCAGUUUUUUUUAUUAAAACAUAGAAGAAAAAGUACAUCAUCAUCGAAAAGGGAGACAAUUAUGAUAUUUUCACUCGUUUUUCGUUUUCGUAAAAAUACAUUUUGUAUUGAAUUCGAUGGCGAUAUAUCAUUACGAAAGACCACUGAAAAAAAAUCCUCAAUAUUAUUGAUAGCAAUACGGAUGUUUGGUAAACACACAUUUUUUUAUCGAAAAUUUUUCAAAAUACCUUCCAUUUUUUAUACACGAGCAUGUACGUGUACAAUAACAAAAGUAUCUUUAAACUUGUAUAGCUGCAUAGCCAUACGUUUCUAAUAAUUACUAAAAUAUGUAAACUUAAUAUCAAAAACAAGUUAUUCAAAAAGUAAGUGUUGUCAAUGAACAAAUACAUCCAGACGGAACGUUGUUUAAUUGGCGCAAGACAGUUUAUUACAGGAAAUCAUACAUUUCCAACGUUAUUAUGAGACAGCUGUUUACCUGUUAACCGUUUUUAAACACUUCUUUGAAAAGUUUUAACCAUGUAUUCUAAUUAUUGUUAAAUUGUUAACAGAAACGAAAUAAAUGUAUAAAAAUU